AGCAACAGAAAAUCCCUUGAUCGCAUUGUGUGCAUUGUUUUGUCCUAACUCCUAAGGCCUAAGUAUGGGAAAAAGUCCAAACAAGAAAUCUCCAAAGUAAAAGUUCCAAACUACAAAAAAAGAAAAUAAUGUUACAUAAUAGAACAAAGGGACUUAACAAAGUUGAAUGGAUCAAUCCUUUGAUCAGCAAUGAGUGGAUCCAAUUUCUUUUUAAUAAUAAUACUCUUUCAUAUUCAUUCAAGUAAUAAUAAUAAUAAUAUCUCAUUAUAAUAUCAGAGUAAUUCUUUCUCUCUAAGAUCUGUUCUUAUGGAGUAAAUACAGGGAUAUUCUUAUCAAGAGUGUUUGACUUUCUCUUUCUCCGCUAGGAUAGCAUUUGAGCUCAGAAGCCGUGACCCUCUGUUUCUUGAAUCAGUCAGGACGAUUUGGCUGUUAUUUCCAGACAAUUUGAUCAAGUUGUUACUACCACCCCUGUAAAUAUGAUAGUAGGCACACAUGUACUCAAUAUACCACCUACAAAAUUGGCUUAACAUGAUGACUUGUUUGUGGAGUGAAGACUUUCUAGGAGUAACCUUUCAAAAAGCAUGAGCUCAAGUUUAAAUAAAUCUUCUUCGAAUGGCUGCGAGAAGGUUUUACCAUUGGAAGAUCAGCAAGCGAAGGUAAACGAAGUGAGAAAGUCGAUAGGCACAUUGCCAGAUAAGUUAUCCAUAUACUGUUCCGAUGCAUCUAUAUGCCGGUAUUUGAGGGCAAGAAAUUGGAAUGUCAAGAAGGCAACUAAAAUGCUGAAAGAUACCUUAAAAUGGAGGUCAGAGUACAAACCGGAGGAGAUUCGAUGGGAAGAGGUAGCUGAUGAAGCAGAGACAGGCAAAAUUUACAGAUCAAAUUACAUUGACAAACAUGGGAGAACAGUUCUUGUCAUGAGGCCUAGUUUUGAGAACUCAAAGUCAACUAAAGGACAAAUAAGGUAUUUGGUUUAUUGCAUGGAGAAUGCUAUCUUGAAUCUUCCACAAGAGCAGGAACAGAUGGUUUGGCUGAUUGAUUUUCAGGGUUUCAAUCUGUCUCAUAUUUCAGUAAAAGUGACACGCGAAACUGCUCAUGUUUUGCAAGAACACUAUCCCGAACGCCUUGGUCUUGCCAUACUAUAUAAUCCACCGAAAUUCUUUGAACCAUUCUGGAUGUUGGUAAAGCCAUUUUUAGAGCCAAAAACUCGCAACAAAGUCAAGUUUGUGUACUCGGAUGACAUUAACACGAAGAAAAUAAUGGAGGAUCACUUUGAUAUGGAUCAACUGGAGUCUGCAUUUGGUGGAAAUGAUACUACAGGUUUCGAUAUUAAUAAAUAUGCAGAGAGAAUGAAAGAGGAUGACAAAAAGAUGCCUGCUUUCUGGACUAAAGGAAAUCCCCCAGCUCCAGCAACCUCAGAACCUGUCCCGAACAAUGACACUCCAUCUUCGGACUCUACCAUCAAGUUAGAAGAUGAUGCAGCUGAUUCCAUCGAGAAGAGAAAUGGAUCGGAAGGGGUGCUCCCAGCCCCCAAUCACACUAUGCUCACUGUUGACAGUAGCAGAAAUCCUACUAAAGAGGUUCAGUAAUUAAGGAUCCUUAGGAAGGCCAAGUAAUAACAAAUUUCCAUGUAUUAAGGAUCAAACUUGUUAAGUUGUUGUCAAUGGUGUUGCAACGGUAACGCUAUGGACGUUCACUAAGUUCAGCUUAUUUUCAUGCCAUAAUAAUUAAUGGCUUAAAAUAUGAGAUUUAUCAGACUCUUGUCCGAA